CCAUUUAACCAAUUUCGCGUCUGGACCCAUCAAUCCUUGACUGUAGACUCGUUGAUAGUGUGACUCCGCUCGGCGCCGACGUCCACGUUAAAAACAUUACGUAGGUAGUGGAACUUUUGUGAAAGCAGAACGUAAACAACGCUUAUCAGUGUUUGUCUGAACACGUAGGUAGCUACCUGUUCCCCGGCGGCCAACCACACAAAAUGUUCAACAGGCUUUUGGCAAAACUCAACAUAGUAAACGCGCUACUUCCACAGAUCUAUGCCGGCGCAGUAGCAAGUUCGGUCCAUUUUUGGAUAGGUGUGGUGCACACUUACUCCUCCGUGCUAAUCCCUCAACUGCGAAAUGGCGCCGAUGCGUUGGAAAUUACAAAGAACGAAGAAAUGUGGAUAAUUAAUUGCGUUUGCCUGGUCGCGCUGUGCCAGUCAGUGCUCGGUGGAAUCUUGACGGAUAAGUUUGGUAGGCUGCCCAUGUUAAAAUCUAGCCUGAUUUUCCACGCGAUCGGAUGGGUUACGAUCGCUUUGGGAAGAAGUGGGUCCGUGCUGAUUUUGGGUCGGACCGUCACGGGAAUCGCCGUAGCUUGCGUCUCCUGCGCGUCACUGGUGUACGUUGCGGAGGUCUCCACGCCAACACUGCGAGCGCCUUUGCUUGCGUUGUCGAUGGUUUUCCACGAGCUGGGGUCGCUGGUGACGUACAUCAUGGGGUACUUGACUUCGUGGCGAGCGUCUGCGUGGAUAACGUGCGGGUCGGGCACUAUAGCCACGCUGUUGGUGUUCUCCUUGCCACAAAGUCCUUCGUGGCUUGUUUCGAAAAAUCGAGAGCCAGAAGCCAGGAAGUCCUUGCGCUGGUUUAAUCGGAAUGACACCGACAUUGUGGAGAAAGAGUUGGAAACUUUGAAAUCGGAAGCAAGAGGAAGAGUACACAAGAAGAUUAUUAUGCGCAAUUUAAUACUUCCAACAGUGUAUAGGCCGUUUCUAAUUUUGACACUUCUGGGGUUCGCCCAGCAAUUUGCAGGAAUGAGCAUACUUGCGAGGAAUUCAAUAAUUUUCUUUGAGGAACUUGGAACACAAUUCGAUCCAUACAUUGUAUUCUCUUGUAUGGCUCUUCUACGCAUUUUUACUGGGUUAGGGCUGGUAGUGAUCAUGGGCCAGUUUGGGAGACGACCGAUUAUGUUUAUUGCACUUCUUGGCGUCUUUUUGAGUAUGAUCAUGUCAGGGCUGUACACUGCAUGGAUUGAUGAAGGUACCACGCAUCAAACCUGGGUGCCACUGUUCAUGCUUAACAUUUACACUAUAUUUAUGGUAACAAUAGCAACAAUUUCUGCUACUCUAUUGGGCGAACUGUUCCCCGGUGAUGUACGAGGACUUAUCACGAAUAUCACCUGGGGGCUUAACAACGUGUACACUUUUCUAUCUAUUUUUGCGUAUCCAUCGUUACUGAGUGGCCUACACGGAAUAGCAAACGUACAGUUCUUCUUCGCGGGAGUGUCGGCGUUGGCGUGUCUAAUAUUGCCUUUUUUACCUGAAACUCACAUGAAGAGAUUGUCGGAAAUUGAGGCACACUUUUCUCCCGAUAGUCGAAGAAAAUCCGUAAAGAAGUUUAACAUUGAGAUUGACAUAAUUGUAAUCUAGUAUUUGCGCUUAUUAAAUUUAGUUAGACUUA